GUAACGCGAGCGUUUGGAAGUAUUUGUGUCUGUUAAACAUGUCUUUACAGCGUCACGAUGAAUUCGAUCAAUGUUACAGACAGCUCGCUAAGGACAAUGCAGCUUUCUCUUUAGAAAAACGAUCCCUCAAGUCACGGGAUGGAAAACCACCAGUCAUGCUCUAGAUGUUGCGUAUACCAUAUAAAUUUCCUCUCUUUAAAUUCAGAAACUCAGUCAGCCUCUGUAUGGCAAUCACGAUGAGAGCGGUGGUGAGUCAGAUCAGUAAACAGCAUGAUAGUAUUCUUUCUAUUCUCGGUCUGCUUGAAAUAGCAAUAUUUAUGACGGCUAGCUGCAGUGAAUCAGGCAGUGUCAUGCGUCAUCAGACUAUAAAAAGAGAUGACAUUCCACGGGUUAAGAUAAGAGUGUUUCGCGGCCCGACCGAGGAAAAAGAUGACAAAUUUUUCACUACUUGGGGAUACUGGAUUCAGCAGCCUAGUAGAUAAUGAUUUCGUCAUUUAUUUUAAGUCUUACACGUUUUCAAUCUAAAUGUUCGUGUAUUAGCAAUCAAAUAUUUUCUUUGAUAUUCGACGUAGCAUUAAGCAAUAUAUGCUAAAAAAUUAAUAAUUGCAAAACUAAUAUUCUUUCUUUAUGUACAAAUAAGC